AUAUGUAGUAGCUUUGUAAAACAAUAAUUUUAAUUGGAAUUGUAAACAAUGACUCAUAAACGAAUGAUUUUACAGAAAAAGCAAUGGGAAAGAACAAGGGAAAUCACAAAAACAAAAAUGUCUUCAAAGUGGCAAAGGUACGCAGUAUGAAGUGUAAAAAUAAGGCACAGAAGGUGAUUACUAAUCUGAAAAAACUUGAUUUAAAAAAAAGCAAAAUAUUGAACAAAGAUAAAACAGCGAACAUGGAUCAGCUAUUGGAAGAAUUGCGCAGAGACGUGAAAACGACUAAUGUCAAACAAACGGGUGGUAAUUCUAAAAAACAAUCAGACAAGACAAACCGGCAGCCUUGGGUUAACAGAGUGUCGCCGCAACAAACGGAAGCGACGACCUCACUGAUGGAGCGGAUGCAACUUGACGAGACAAGAAAGAGAGAAAAAGAGAAAUGAACACACGCUGUGCAUGACUUAAUUCAUUGAAAUGUAAUUUAAUUUUAUUUAUCACACGUUGCAGAGCAAGUUUAUUACUUUGUACAAGAAUUGUUGUUCUACUGAUAUUUUUUCAA